AUCCUACUGAGGAAUUAAACUUAAUCUGUAAAUUGCUUUUUUACCAACCUACUGGUUACCAUUCCAAUGCAAAAGCUUUAAGAGACGCAUGUAAAAAAGAAGGAUAUCAAUUUUCAUUCAAAAAGGUUCGUGAAUGGUUGCAUAACCAGAAUGAAUGGCAAAAAUACGCUCCAUCACCAAAAGAGACUCCACGGGUAAAAAAUGGAAAGCAGUAUUACAAAUUAUAG